AUGGGACCAACUGUUGCGUACUUUGUCAAAAGGCAUAUCAGCAUUUUGUAUGUCAUGGAUAAAGUUUGCCCUUUCCCAAAAAGUACUAGGGAUAGAGAUUUAACAUUUCAUUUUGAACGGGAUUUAGAAGAAGAACGUCAGGCAUUGAAAGAAGAUCAAAAAAUAUGUCGGAGUAGGGCACAGAAAUAUUUGACAGAGACAAACAGAAGAAGAAGAGCCUUUGAAGAAAGACGGAAGCAAGAAGAAGAAAAAGAACAAAGGUUUAGAGAACGAGUUCUGCAGCAGAGGAAAAUUAAACUUCAGGAAGCAACUGAUAAGUUCCAGCGUGCUCAUCUGCCUUUUUCUCAGCACAAGCAAAUAGUCCAGACAAAAGCAGCUUUUCAGUUAGAAGAAGCUCUUGAACAAAUUAAAGGAUCAGUUUUAACACCAGGACUGUGCUUGCCCAGCAGAAACAAAACCAACUUCAGAACCACAGAUGACACUUCAUCCUCAUCAGCAUCUAGAAAUGGUUCUUUCCAUCAGAAGCAGAUUUCAGCAAUGGUUGGCUGGGAUGAAACAAUACAAGAGAGCAGUAGAACAAAUGUGGAUAGUAAGCAACUUCUCUUCCAGAAAAAUCUGAAAGAAAUGCAACAACUCCUUGAAAAACAGCAUCUCAGCAACUUGGAGAAUUUUCAUCAAGAGGUCAAGAAAACAGAUGAUUCAGAAAGCUUGUCAAGCCUUGACAGUCUUGAGGCUGGAGAACAAAAUAGAAAUUACACAACACCAAGUGAAUCAUCUUUGACUACACAGUGUGACUGUGCCCUGUACAAUCCAGAAAAAUCACAGACCAGGAAUAAUGGUUUGCUUUAUGCAGCUCAAAGUACUUCUAAAAAUAUGCAUCUAAAUAAUUGUCUGAGAAAUGUAGAUUCCCAAAACAACAAUAACUUACCUAUUCGUGAUCUUUUAGCUGAAUAAUGUUCUGUGACUCCUGCUGAACAUGUAAACAAUUCAAAAGAAGAAUCAUCUGUUUCUCACAGAUCUGAAAAAAAACCUGCAGAGUUCUCUGCCUCUGGUAAGCAAUCUCUAAAUAAUGCAUUUAGUUUUCUGCAAAAUAUAAAAGAAGAAGGAAGCAAGCCAUCUUCUGGAACGGCUAGCACAUUAGCCACUGGUCAUCCUGUUUUCAAUCCUAGCAAAGCCUGGGCCAGCCCUGACUCUAUUCCAGGAGAAAGAGUUCAGGAUCUGAUGCAAGAUCAGAGUUUUAAAAUGACCCUACAAAAAAGAACAGUAUCUGUGCAAACCUCCAGUCAACCUAUUGCAACAUCUGUAAUCUUAUUUCCUAAUCAGGGAUGUUCCACUGGCAUUCCCAGCACAGCUGAUACAUUACCAAAGGACAAAAACAUCAGUAUGGAGUUUUUAAAAAAUACCUCAGGAAAAAUGAUUGAAACAAAAGAAAAUAUUAAAUGUAUUGAUGACAUUAAUCCAGGAUCAUCUUUAUUCCAGGACAUACCAAACGCCUCAGUUCUGUGCGAUGUUAAGCAACAGAGUAACAAAGAGGAAGAAAAGGGAAAUAUGGUAGAAACUAUGUCACUGGUGUCUGAUACGGAGUUAAAUUCUGGCACUCCUGCACAACACAAAACCCUGAAAAACAAUAUUCUUGAAAGAAAAAGAGCACAAUUAUUCACAAGUAUCUUAAAGGAAUCUAAAUAUGAACCCAGUCGUUUCAAAGCUGUGGUUAUGAAUCACGGGAUCAGUUUUGGAACUCGACCUGUGUCUUCUAUAAGAGACAGUUUAGAACUGGCAAAAAUAAAAAAGAAAAUUGCAGAAAAUGAAAAAUACAAUAGAAAGCUAAGAUGGUGUGAUCAAAUUAACCAGAUAAUAAUAGAAAAUAAUGAAAAAUGCUAUGAAAAAACCGCCAGUGAAAUAUCUUCUGAACAGCUGCAAUAUGUUCAAACUACAAAUAAUGCUCCUAAGACUAAUUUAAGUAUUGUUGCUCAACCUUCAAACCCCAAGUUCAUGAAAAAUCAUCAGGAAAACUCUCAUAUAUCAAAACCAAAUGUUAAUACUGAAGAAUCAAAUAAAGAAUGCCCAUCUCUGAAUAUGUUUAUGUCUACUGGAUCCUUUUCUGCUAAAAAAGCUUGGAUGGUAUCAAAAGACAAAGAAAGUAACCCCCCAGUAUGUAGUAAUAAUUCUAAAAUUAAUGAAGUUAAUCAACUCAAAAAUAAGGCAAAAAUAACUAGAAGACCAAGAUCUGUAAGAGCCCAGCCAAGUUUUAUGCCCAAGAAGAGAAUAGGCACUACAAUCCCACCGCAGUCAGCCACUGAAGCCAGCAAAACUCUAAAAGCUCCAGGGAAAUUGUUAGCGCCUCACCCACCAUCCGCACCUCUGCCGGGAAACAGAAGUGGCAAAAACACAGCCAGCCCUGGGUGUCAGCCACUGCUGCCUUCAAGUCUUCAAGCUACCACUACCAGCGGGAAUGAUUUAAAUGAAAGGCAUGUUUUGUUAGCAGAUCAGGUUUUAAAUAGAAACAGUACAGAAAACAGUGAGAAUAUUACUUGUUGUUCGAACUUGGCCACUGCGAUAUCUACACCUGGCUGCAGCACAGCCAAAUAUGAACCUUGGGCAAAAAAUACUUGUUCUGUAAAUAGUGUUCAGACAAGCGCCUGUCAAGAUUGUUCAGUAACCUGCACUGAAAGAAGACCUGCUAACGCAGAAAAUGGAUUACAUCUCCAUCAUAUUCCAGCAGCUGGAAAAACAAGUACCUCCUGGCAAGGAGUGCAUACUGCCCGAGCUCCAAAAGACCCUGCUACUGGUGCUAUUCAGCACUAUGUGUCACAUUACAAUAAUUCACAUAAAACUAAACGGCAACCUUUUAAAGCUAAUGUGUCCCAUGUUACUAUUGAUGGCAGCAUCCAGAUGACUAGUUUCAAAUCUGCCUCUAGGAUCAAUGAAUUGGAAUUCUGCUUUGUUAAAUAUCACUGUAAUAGUGUUGUUCCUGUUACAAAAGAAAAGCAGAUUUUUGACAACCACAAAAAUAAACACAGAGCUUUUUCAGAACACAGAAGACAAAGUGUAGCUUCUAAAAGAUGGAAGCCUACUCAUUAUGCACAGAAUUCGUUAGGUACUGCCCAGCUGAGUCCUGUUCAAUCUGCAUUUGAUCCAGUACAAAAUAUGAAUAACACCUAUAAGUCUGAUGAAGUUUCAGAAAGUACUGUUCAGUUUCUUAUGGCAGAAAAACUAGCAAGUACACCAGCUGCAGAAGAUGAAAUCCUGGCAGCUAUGGAAAGUGUGCAACAAGCCAGACAGCCCUGGCUGCUUAACAGGGCUCCGUGUCUCGGCAUGAGUGCACUUUCAGUAGAAGAACAGAAGAUUUUCCAGUCUCUUGGUCGUCUCAAUCAAAGGCUACAAAGUAAUGUUCAAGAAGCCAUUACCAGAAACCCAUCUGCUUCAAAUGUUUUGCAGAUAAUCACCCCUUUAAGUAUUCAGCAAUGUAUAUCCUUCCCUUUGGUGAACACUACAAUAGCCUCACAGCAGUACCAGAAUACCUCAGCUAGCAAUCGAUUGCAAUUGUACCGGAGAUACUGA